CGGUCGUGAAGGCGGCGCAAGCCGGGUUCUUCGAGGAGGAAUCAGAGGACGAAUUGAGCUCCACUCCCGUGCCGACUGAAUCGGAGAAGGUGGAGAAGAGUAGCAGCAGUCUGUCAUCGCGUGCUGGUGGCUUUACAACAUCCAUCGAGCGAAGCAGCACCAAUGCAGUCGCGAGUGUCGGGAACAAAGGUUUGCCGGGGUUCAGAUCAUCUUUUGGGAGAACUACGCAGACUGGUGCACCAGGUGCUGGACAAGAAACCCAGGGGGAUGGUGGAGAGCCUCCUCCCCCGACGAACGAGGAACUCGCAGAGUUAAAGAAGCAUGAAGCCAUCAAGCAACAAAAAAAGAGGAGAAAGCAGAAGGAAAAAUGGGAAAAGUUUUACAACUACUACAUCGAAACGGGGACGGAUUACUUGACGAUAUCCAGGAAAGGACACCCAUCCCCAUCCAAUUUGUCAUGCAAAAGAUGGAAAAACUCUUGUGUUUGUCAUGCAAAAACUGGGUGGGGAUCGGUGUUUUUUCGUCGAUAGACCAACGAAGAGUACUACUGCUGCGAGGAAUCGACUAUCGAGGAGAUCUGCCAGGUCAUGUUUUUGCAAAUCCAGUUUCUCGCCAGUAAAAGACAGGAAUACAAGGGGUUCAAAGCGGCUGCGGUGCAAGAUCGGGCAGAUGAUGAACAGGCAGCGAAAUUGCAGCUGCGGGAUCAUGCGGAGGUUCUUGACGGAGUAGAUGUUCACAGCUCGUUGAACACUUCGCGGUCUGUGUCCUCCUCUUCCACGACUCCCAAGGGCCCGUUUCAGGAGCUUCUUGACGCGGCCGGG